AGUAGUAGUAUUAUUGAAUAUUUUCUAUUAUUUUUGCAAUUUAUUUAACUUUAUUACAAUUAUUGGAAUUUCGUUUUAAUGAAUAUUAUCGUUAUUUUAUUUACAAUUUUUGCCAGCAAUUGAUCACUUUUGCCAUCAAAACUAUUAAUAAAUAGUUUUGAAGGAUUAUUGCGCGAAUCAUAUCAUAAUACCACUAGAUAAUGGCGUUCAGAUUAGAGAAGCAGGAAGUUACGCCAGAAAGCUCUGGAUGAUAAUACAAUUGCUACGUGAGCUACAUUAAUAAAAUCAUAUUUAUAUUGAUAUACAUUGUCGAUAGAGAAAUAAAUACGUAUAACUUUUAAUGUUUAAUAUCGUAAAAUUAUCGAAAAAUCGUUACAAUAAUAUUAUAAUCAUGAUUACCGUUCCUUUGUUUAAAAUAACAAAAUCAACAUUAGUCAUAAUUUAUAAAUGGUAAUUUUGAUUAGGAACGGUCAUUAGAAUGAAACAAAUAAAAAAGAUCAAUACGCACAGAGAAACGAAGAGAACAUUAACGUAAUUAAUUAAAAUCAUUUUGAAUAAAAAUAGUGAAAGUGUUAUGUACCGAAAUUUAAAGUAAAAAUCUCAGGUUUUGACGAUUGGAUACAGUUUUAGGGAAAAAAUCAAACAAGUAACAAAGGAAACCUUUAAGGACAAUUUUGUCGGAUUUAGUAACAUGCAUUAUAAAAUUUAAAAUGUUGCUAAUUGGAUUCAUGCCCUAUUAAGGUUGUAAUAUAUACUUGAGGAUUUUUUAUAUGUAAAAUUAUAGUUCUGAGCAUAUUCUAUUUGAAAGAUUAUAACUAGUUUAAAAGUUGGAUAAUAAUUGUUCUAUCAUAUGUAUAAAAUACAUCUUUAAAAAUGAUUUUAUUAGGUAACAAAAUAACAAUUUGUUUAUUCUUCUGGAAAAUCGAAUAGUUUUGAACGAAACGUUAAACUGAAAGAACAAUGAGAAUCAUAAGAUUUAAUUUACUCUAAUGCUAUUCAUGUUUAUAUGAGAAGUGUAAAUGGUUUGUUUUAAUGAAUGUAAAUUAUUCGUUACUCAUUUUUGUUGUUUAUUAUUUCGAACUGUUAUGAUCAUAUGUAGAUUUUCUUAGUACAUAGUUAGGUAUUAUAAAGAAUUAUGAAUGAAAUGAAAAAUUUAAAUCACAUUGAAUACAAUAAUGAAAAAUCUAAUGAUGAAAGGAAUAAAGAAAGUUAGUUUUAGAAAAAAACAUGACAUCAAGCAAGUCUUUUUAUCCCUUUUCAUUGUGCCUUUUAAUUUUAUGAUCUUGUCAUUUACAAGAAAUAUUUCAUUUUAAAUAUUAUGAAAAAUUUUGCAUUAAAAUUUUCAAUUUAGAAAUUGAUACGUGCAAAUUAGUUAACGAAACUAUGAUUUAAAAAUUAAUUAAACAGUGAUAAUGGUAAAUUAACUUCAUUUAACUAAAGAUAUAUUUAUUAUUAAAAAAGCUAUUAAUUUUAAAUAUGAGGAAAAGGUAUUUUAAAUUUAUCAUGUCGUUGUAGGAAAUUCCCGGUUUUUCAACAUACGUUGUAUAGACAUAAAUUUCUAAGAAAUCAGUGCAUUGUAUAAUGGAGUGCGUCAGCAUGGUAGUAAGAAUGAGCGUUAUUAUUUCACGUGAUACAUAAAAUUCUUUUUUAAGAUUUAUUAUAAAAUUUAUAAACUAGCAAAAUGUGUGUAUAAUUAUAAAUAUUUUGAAAUAAUCGGUAUUAUCAGAUAUUAUCUGAUAUUGUCAUACUUAUCGAAUGAUAACCAUUGAUAACCAGCUGAAACCGUUGUUUGAGUAUAUUGUGUAUGCAAGUUGUCAAAUGGUCUCUUGAUAUUUUAUAAAGUAGUUUUUAUUAGUGCAUGAAAUAUUUAAUAAAAUGUCGACGUUAGGAAUGUAUGAAUUAACUCAUCCUGAAUUAUUGUCAGAAUCAGAUCUUAAGGAAAUUUUAGAAAAUAGAUGUAUUAACUUCAGUGACUAUAAAAAUUUAUCCAGAUUUGAAUUAAUAGAACUAUAUAAACGGGUGGCUUUGCCGUUACCUCAAAGACAAUCUGAGAGCACUCAAAAUUCAGAUAUAAGACAACAUAAUGAGGCAAUACAUUCUGUUAAUGAAUCACACAGAAAUCCUGUUUCAUUGAAUCGUACAAGUACUAGGAAAACAGAUGUAAAUGAAAUGGCAAAAGAGAUUUUUUGUAUAAGUCAAAAAUCCUCUGAAAAUGAACUUAAACAAACAUCUAAUAAAAUACGUUUAUAUAAUUCAAAUACCUUUAAAAGAUGCAAUGGUAUUGACAAACGUAAUAAUGAUGGAACACAUGAUGAAGCUCCAUCAAAGAAGAGACAAAAGAUUACAUGGCCAUGAUACUAUAUUAUAUUAAAUCUUUAUAGUAUAUAAGAACUAUUUUUUUGGAAGUGAAUGAUUGGGGUUAGAUUUAUGUUAUUAUUUGUUAAUAAAUCAUAAUAUAUAAAUUUCUAUAAAAUUUAAUAUUAUCAACUGUAAUUAAGGUAAAUUUCCAGCACGUAAAUUAUAUUUAGUAAUCAUCCUGAUUAAACUAUUAAUUAAUGACGUUGAUUAAUUAAUAAAUAUAUCCUCAUGUUAUUGUACAAAAAUAAGGCCGCUAAAGUGGUUUGAAUAUUUGUGCAAUAUUUAAAAUAUUUAUAUUUAUUAUUAAAUUAUAUCGAACAUUUUGUAUCAUCAACAUUUUAUACCACUUUCAAUCUUAUUUGAAUCGUAAAAAUUGUAAUCACACACAUGAAUAAAGUAGAGUAUUAUCGGAAUUUGUUAUUUAAUGACUGUGUGUUUUAAUCUAUAAAAGUUUCUACAUAAUAAAUUUUAUAUGUAAAUA